AUGACUAUAUCAGAUGCAAUUAGUUCACCUUUAUGGUGUUCAAUAGGAGUAUAUAUUCAAAAUGAAGAUGAUGCACGUCCUUAUGAACCAUGUGUUGAUCGAUUGUAUCAAUUAGCAUAUGAAGACGAAGAAGAAAAAUUAUAUCAAUGGUGGAUUGAUUUUUGGAUUAUCAUUGGUCUUAAAUGUCCUAAUAUAUCUAUUGAUCAUAUUCCACAAUUAAUUGAUGCAGUUAUCGAUCGUAAACGAAUAGAAUUAUUAACAAUGCUUUCUGUAACCAAUGCACAACCACAUUUAUUCGAUAAAUAUCAAGAAGAACUUUUACAAUUUGUUAUUGAAAAACAUAGUUUAACUGCAUUCGGUUGUCUACAACAAUGUUUAGUAGCAUCAGCAAUUAUUAAAGGUGAAAAAAUAGCUGAUGAACAUCUUAAUUUAUUAAUAAAUUUAAUAAAUAAAACAAAAGAUAUUUCUGCUGAUUUGAAACCACAAGUAUUUCAUACAUUUCAACUGAUUGAAGUAAAAUAUAAAGAAAUUCUUGCAUCUAAACGUAAUGAUUUAAUAGCAUUUGAAUCAGAUCCUUUUUGUCAAGCUGUUAUUAAUUAUAUUGAUGGAAACAAAUUAAGCGAAGAAAAUCAAGCAGCUGUUAAUCGUACUCUUGAUGAAGUAGCUCAAAUGGAAAAACGUGUUGUUCAGACGGAACAUAAUGUUCAGAAUAUAACAAAAGUAGUUAAACGUCAAGAAUUAAAUAUUACCAAUAUCAAUACACGAAUUAAUCUAGCUGAUACAUAUAUCAAUGAUAUAGCCGAACAAGUUGAACAACAUAGUCAAGAAAUAGAACGUAUUGAUAUGAAAACAUUAAGUUAUGUUCCAUCUGAAUGGGGUCAUGAUGUAUGUAAACUUCUUAAUAUUCGUGUUGAUAAUGAUUGGCGUUUACUUGAUAAACGUUUUGGUUAUUCAACAAGUGAAUUAAAACAUUGGGCUAUGCAAACUGAUCCAUCAAUGUCUUUACUUAAUGAAUGGUUCAUGACACAUAAAACUGAUGAAGCAACAUAUGGACUUUUAAAAGUUUUACACGAUAUAGGCCGACAAGAUGUCGAAGAAAUUAUUCGUAAAGCUCUGACAGCUGCUGGUGAACUUAUACCAGAUGAUAUAUCAAUGGAUAUUAAACGUCUUCCACCAAUAUUUAUUUCUUAUCAAUGGGGUUCGCAAAAAACUGUUUUAAAAUUAAAAGAAAAUCUUGAACAAGCUGGUUAUGCUUGUUGGAUGGAUAUAGGACAAAUGGGUGGUGGUGAUAAAUUAUUUGCUAAAAUUGAUGCUGGUAUACGUGGUGCAAAAGUUGUUAUUUGCUGUAUAAAUAAAAAUUAUGCACAAUCAGAUAAUUGUUUACGUGAAGUACAUUUAACAAUAAGUACAAGUAAACCAGUAAUACCUUUACAAAUGGAAAAACAAACAUGGCCACCGGAAGGUGUACUUGGACCAAUAAUGAGUGAAUAUUUAUAUAUACGUUUUUAUGAUCGAAAAAAUAAUGAUGCAAAUUAUUGGCCAACUGAUAAAUUUACUGAAUUACUCGGUCAAAUACGUUAUCAUGUUGCACCAGAUCCUGAUAUGAUAACUCAACAAUAUUAUAAUUGGUUUGCACCACGCAUUGAUAAUCUAAUUUUUCUUCCAACACAAACAAAAAAAGAUAGUAAAGAUAAAACUAGAAUUCAAGAUAAUAUACCACGUGUUGUUACUCAUUCACAAAUAAUGAUAUCAUAUCAAUGGGAUUAUCAAAAAGAUAUUAUUAAUCUAUAUGAAAAAUUAACAAAAUUAGGUUAUCGUUGUUGGCUUGAUAUAUUUCAAAUGGGUGGUGGUGAUUCAUUAUUUGAAAAAAUUGAUGCAGGAAUACGUCAUGCAAAAUGUAUUUUAUCAUAUGUGACACCAAAAUAUACAAAAUCAAUGAAUUGUCGACGAGAAAUGGCUUUAUCUGAUGCUCUUCAAAAACCAAUUAUACCAUUAUUACUUGAAGAAGCAAGUACUUGGCCACCAGCUGGUCCUAUGGCAAUGGUAUUUGCUGAAAAACCUUAUAUUGAUUUUCGACGUUCAACUAAUCAUAGUGACAGAUGA